CUAGCCUUAAGCUUGUCAAUGUCAAAUUUUCUUGCUGGAGGAAAUUUACGUCUUCGUUGAAAAUGCAACGAAACUUGCCUCAAAAUAAGGAAGCCUUGCUUAAAUCGUACACCACACGAUUAAAAGAAGAUGUCAAGAGCAUGUUGGAAAACUUUGAUGAAAUCAUUAAACUCGCAAAACUAGAAAAUGAAACCCAACUGAACAGGAUGACACAAAUUGAACAAGAUACCUUUGAGAUGCAAGUUCGGGCCGCUAAUAUAGUGAGAGCCGGUGAAUCCCUGAUGAAGCUGGUUUCUGAUAUAAAACAGUAUUUAAUUCUUAAUGAUUUUCCAUCAGUAAAUGAAGCGAUCACACAAAAUUCCAAACUGUUCCGCACAAAGCAGCAAGAAUGUGAUCAGAAACUUAUGUCCCUCAGAGAUGAUAUUGCAGCAGAUCUCUAUGACUUAGAAGAUGAAUAUUUCACUAGUAUAUAUAAAUAAAAUCUCUUUUAAGUAUUACUUUAUUCAAUUAAUUUUCUGUGAUUGAUUGUUCUCAUUUUUAGCAUUUAAGAAUACAAAGGUAGUCCAGUUCCUGUCUCUAAUGGUGUAUUACCAUAAUUAUGCUAUACAGAGAUAGAAAAGUAUAUCUUUAGUCUUGUCUUUAUAGAUGUAUAGGUAAAAUAAACACUAUUGAACAUGAAA